AUGGCUGAGGACCCCUUUGACGACGUUCUCAACCUGGAAGAGCAGUUCUACCAAGAAGGCUACAAAGAGGGCCAGGCAGACGGCAUCCGGGCUGGGAGAGCAGAGGGGCGCUCACUGGGCCUCGAGAAGGGGUUCCUAAAGUUUGUCGAGAGCGGCACGUUGUACGGCAGGGCUAUAGUUUGGGCAAACCAGCUGCCCAGGACAAGCGGCAUGGGCGCCACAGAGAAGGCAGCAAGCAAGCCCGCACAGGACGAAACUAAGAGCCGGCAACUCCCGCCCCUCCCAAGAAACCCGAGGCUGGAGAAGCACAUCACCACUCUGUACGCCCUCGUCGAAGCCGAGAGCUUAUCGACAGAAAACACAGAUGAAGCAGUCAACGACUUUGAUGACAGGUUAAAGAGAGCCCAUGGAAAGGCAAAGAUAAUCGAGAAGAUGGUCGGGGGAGGGGACAGGAACAGGCUCCAAGAGACCGCAAGCUCCGGCAAACCAAAAACCGAACGAACCAACAGCAUCUGA